AUGGCCAGCCAUUGCUCUAUUACAUCGUAUCGCAAGUACCCUGUCUUGUCGACAGGGAACACCUACUACGACUUUGAUAAAAAGCCACAGGCCAACCCAGGCCCUUUUCGCGCGAUCACGAACCAGAAUAAGAUUUUCAAAGGAGUCAUAUCGCAUGGUGGUAGGGACGGAAAAAACAACGCUGGUUCUUUUCAUCGUGUGCCGGAGCAUCGGAUUUGGUGA